AAAAACUCGCGGCAGACAUUCAGGUCACCCGCAAGGCCACGACUCUCUCGCCUCACACGCAGACAGAAAACUUCAAAAUCCAUGGCGACUUCACCGUCUCGCACGGAGACCGCUCAGCUUCCUCCUCCGGAAGCCGAAUCGCAGCUCGCGUCCCUCGUAUACGAUAUGUCUCAACAGGCGCAGGCGGCAAUGGAAAACAUGCUGAAGAUGAUAAAUGAAGCUGAUCAAAGUAGUGCUGGAAUUAUUAAGGAUAUAGAGAAGUGCAGGAAUUCUGCUCUUGAGAGGAAGAAAGAUCUGGAGGAAGAGAAGAAGCAAUUCCAAAGGGCUGCUUAUGCUGUUAUCGACAUGCUGAAUGUUGGAAACUAAGGAAGGAAAGCCAGUUUAGCGGCUCAGUUCAGGAGAUAUACCUCUAUAUUCAAAUCCCCCAAAGAUUCUGUCAGAGAUUCUAUUUCUUCUAGCACUUCUGGUUUCAGGCCUUUCAGAUACUGAUUACGAAAAUGGAAAAAAAAAAUUGAUAUACACAUUAGUGAUUUCUAUAUAAUGAUAAGGAAGAAAGCCAUCAGGAUAGUCGACAAACUGUAAACAAAUAUAGGUUUAGUUUAACUGAAGAAAAGUUCUGAUAUCAACUGUAAUUCAGCGAAAUCUGAGGUGGAAAUUCUUCCUCUUCUAUUUACCAAUAAUAUUUAACUCUUAUGGCAUGCUUCAAUCUCAAAAUUUUCUGACAGCCCUUUCUUUUUAUUAACUUUUUACAAUUUUUUAUCUGU